AUGGGUGAUUUAACAACAAUAAAAACAGAAUUAGAUAAACAAACAGAUAGUUUUAUAAAAGAUAAACCACUCAUUACAGAAAUUGAACCUCGCAAAUAUCAAGUACUUGAAAAAUUUAUUGAACAAAACAUUACUCAUCAACGAAAUCAUUAUGAAAAAAAACCAAAUCCCAAAGCAAUCUCUGUUUUAGAUACAUUCAUUGAACGAUUGAAAGAGAAUUUUAAAACAAAUCGAAAAUUUACUGGUCUGGAUGCGAAACACUUUGCAUUAGAUCUAUUGGAUAAUAUUAGCCAGAAUACAGUUACUACAAUUUCAACAUCAACUGGAUCAGGGAAAUCUACGUUAUUACCAGCUCUACUUGCUGUAGAAGGCUAUGAUAAAAUUAUUGUUACACAACCUCGACGUUUACCUUGCACAUUAAUUUGCCAACGGGUUAAUGAAACAAUGACAUCAGUAAAAGAUCCUUUUUUAGAGAAACUAGCCGGAUGGGCUGUCAGCGGUGCUGAAAGAAAUCCAAGAGCCAAAAUUUUAUAUGUAACUGAUGGUCUACUUAAAGAGUGUUUACUUUAUGAUGAAAACUUCAUUACACGUAACACUCAAUUAAACAAAUCGAUUAUAUUCUUCAUCGAUGAGGUUCACGAAAGAUCCGUAAAUAUUAAUCAUUGUUUAGCAUUGUUAGCACGAAUGUUAUCUAUUAAUCCAGCUUUAAAAUCAAAAAUGAAAAUAAUUAUUUAA